GAGCUAUCGGGGAAGAAGCGAGGAGGCGGAAUCUGCUUUUACAUAAAUGAAGAACCUCUGAGGCCAGAAACAGAACAGCUGGAUCCAGAUGUCCUGAAACCUGCUUCUCUACAGCUGAAUCUAUUAGCUUGAAGUUCUUGAUGAUCCAGAAAACUGUUCUUUCAGCUGCAAUAUCAAUAAAUAAAAUAUCAAUAAAAUAGCUGAAGAUCUACAGAGCUGCUCAGGAGGCCAAAGUUAUUCCGUCCAGAGUAACUCCAUGACCUUCAUGCAUUUAGAAUACGUUUGAUCAUGAGUAUAGUGGAGUAUCAUCUGCAUAGCAGCAGAGCCUCCCUGAUUAUCCCACCAGCUCUCAUUAUGAAGCUCUGAUGGAAGCUGAACUUCCGUCAGGAACUCUUGUGGACUGAUUGUCCUAAUAUGUGGAGACAGGUGGACCUAAAAGCUGCAUAAAGAGGCAGGAAGCAGCAGGUGAAGAUCAAGACAACUUUACUGGGAGAGUCUGGAACACAGAGAGCUGCUGAUGGAGAUCCUCCACCAAAGAUAAAGACAUGAAUCCUGAAGGACGGACAGGAACAGCAGCAGGAAUGUUAGAAGACAGCAGGAUCUAUGGAUCAACAAAGGAAAACAGGCUGAAUGUUGAACUGAUGACAAGAUGAACAGGUGAGGACUUUCUCAUUCUGACAUCAGUCUCAGGUUUAGUAAAGAUGUUCCUGCAGCUCUGCAGAUAUUUGAGUUUCAUGUAAAAUGAAGAGAAAUAUUCAGUCAGAGACACAUUCCUGCAGCUUUAAUCAGGAUGGAAAUCCCUGUUGAUUUUGUGGAAGGCUUUUAGCAGGAACUUUGACUUUUCUCCGUAGAGCAGAAAAUAUCCAGAGUGAAAGAGAAAGCAGAAGAAGAAGAAGAAGAAGCAGAGGAAGGAAACCUGCUGCUUUCUGAGAAAACAACUAUUCAUGAAUGUGACGGAGAGGAGAUGUCAGCUGGAUAUAAACAGAGCAGAUCAGAUCGGUCCUGCACAGACUUCCAGACCUCCAUCCAGACAGCAGAACAUCCAUCCAGAACCAUGAAGAUCCUGCUGACUCUCUGCCUCCUGAUCUUUCUCUGCUUCCUGUGUUCCAGCUCUGCAGCUCCACUUGGUCCAGGGCUGGUGCCCAUGGGUUUCUGCUGCUCACACAACACCAAUAUGACGAUUCCUAAAGUGAAGGUGAAGAACCUGGAGAUGUCUUCUGGGCACUGCAAACUCAGAUCUGUCAUAGUCAUCACAGAGAGGAAGAAGUUCUGCCUUGAUCCCAACGGGAGCUGGACCCAGAAACUACAGAGAGAGUUUGAGAAAGAGGCCUCCACUGACCUGUGAAUCUGGGUCAGAACCAAGUUUGGUUGCGCAGAAAGAACCGUUUUGAUGUGAGCUGUUUCUAGUGACACACUGGACGUGUCACUUAGUGACUGAUUCACAACUUGAACUCAUAAUUUAUGAUUUUACAGAAACUUUGGGUUGUUUUUCUCCUUGUUUCCGUU